AUGCCACCGAAGGCCUCGACGGAGGUUGUUAACCUAUCGUACUGGGUCUUCGCAGUAUGGUGGAUAAUUAUCCUUUCUGUUCACGUGGUUACGAGCGCAUACAACGCACUUUACGCCUACUGCUACUGGCAUCUCCAAGACACCUUCCUCAAUAUGUACCUCGAGUCGUACCAGAUCGGCAUGCCGCCACCAUAUCACCGUACUAUCGCCGUCGUUCAUGUCAUCAUGUCAUCGGUUCAUGGUAUUUGCAUUUUGUUUAUGGUAAGUGGUUCACUAUGGAAACGUUCACUCGUCUUUUCCCCCUGGCCAAAGAGCAGUAAAAAGGAAGACACGAAGGCCAGUCGUACAGAUUCUGUUGUACUCAAGAGUUUCUCGAAAGUGUACGACAAAUUGUCGGACCGCCACGGUCUUCUCGGUGUCAAUGGCAUUCACUUCCACGCUGUUCUCAUUUGCCGUGAGGUGCUAGAGACGGCACUCCAGACGGUUCAAGCGUAUCGUAUGAGUGUACUACUUCCUCGAACUCUACUAAACCGGUUUUACGUCCUAUUACUUGCAGUCAACUGUUGGUCCUCCGUGAUCGUGUACUCGGUACUAUUCAGACGAGAUGAAGCACAGAGACGGUUUGCAUGCAUCGUCCUGGACUGUAUCCUGGAUCUAGUGGCUUGUAUGGGCAUCGAGUUGAUGGUGCUGCUAAGCUACGUAGGGGACUACAAUGUCAAGAUACGUGGGUUUUAUGAGAUCAUCUGGUACGACGAUGAGUGGGUAGCACGAGCGUUAAACGAAUUUCGGAUGAUGGUCGUGGUCUCCUGGUCAGACCUUGCUAGUCGUUCCAUCUUCUCGCUUGGACUGGUGAUGACAACACUGAAUAUGAAGGAGCUGCUUCAAUCUCUACCAAGGAAUGUGAAUCAACUCUCUAAACGCUACUUGAAACGUGGUGACAGCUAUCGUGAUACUAAUCUACGCUCACGUACUGGACGGCUGAUGCUUCGAGCAGCACAUUUGUUGUUUGGGGCCUGGGGCAUCCUAGUUCUUGGGUUCCACAUCCAUGCAGCAGUACAGCCAACACUACCUCAAUGUUUGAUGCAAGUGAGACCUUGGGCUGUCUCACGUCCUUCAUGCUAUUUGGCAGGAUUGGAUUGCUACACACUGGAGAUAUCUGGAUCGCUUGACGAGGUUGAGGAGAAAUGGAGCGAAUUUGACGCCUCCACUGUCGUUCAGCUACUUAUUCGACACUGUCCUGCACUGGAAGUACCAGAUAUUUUUACUGAUUUUAGUGGACUUCGCGGGAUCAAAGUAUACAACACAACUAUUGCUGAGUGGAGCGAUUCAGCGGCGAUUACGAGCAGCAAUCACCCCGGAAUGUCGUCGCUCAUGAUCGUUCGAGUGAAUAUGACGAAUGGCGUGCUCCCAGCGGGUUUCCAGUCGUCAGAUUUUCCGCCUACACUUUAUGACAUUGAGAUUUGUGUCACGAAUCUGCAUACGCUUCCUGACGAUCUCGACACAAAAUGGCCUUCAGCAGCAAUUGUCCAAGUUGAAUACAGUCAACUAACGUCCGUCCCCUCUGUACUAUGGCGACUUCAGCCGUAUUACUUGGCUGUGACUGGCAAUCCUAUCACAGAUCUGCCUCCUGAGAUUUUUGAGGUUAACGGAAUGAUGUAUCUUGGCAUUAGUGAGAUGAAUAUUCAACAACUGCCUCGAAAUGUGACGCAGUUGUCUUCGGAUUUAUCCUGGAUCUUCAUUGGCGAGACCAACAUCUCGUUCUUCUGGGCGUGGGUUGAUGAACUGGUGAUUCGUAUGAAAGGUAGAGCGAAUCCGUGGCUUGCUGGACCUACCCCGUACUGCGAUGACUUUGAGAAAGUCCUUAAUGGAUCGGCGUCCGCAUUUCGUGUCCCUUUGUUACCGGAAUAUUCGCAGACGAUGACGGAUCCAUCCAAGCAGAACAGACCAGUGCUGACGAAGUCUGUUAGGUGUGAUCCCGCCAUCGAAGGGCUGUUUUAUCCUUUGGAUAUUGAAGACAGCAUUAAUGCCAUCAGUACGCCACCACAGCUAGCGCGAAAGUGA